AAAAGGGUACGAUUGUAUUCGUAUCCUUAUCGACGAUCUCAAGCUAGGACGGAAGCUAUGCGUCUUUCUCAGAGACUUUCGUGUUAACGAUCGAUACGAGUAACUUACGCACUUCCCUCUCCUUUUCCUUUUUUUAUCGAAUUGAAUUUAUUUUUGGAAACCGAUUAAUAUAUUCGAAGAGUCACGAGAGGACGAUACUCUACAUCGAUAUGUGUAACAUCGAUCCGUAACAGCAUUGCCCAAGUGUGAUCGAUGAAAGCCAGCAAGAAAGUCUAUUGUAAUUCGUGGAUGGUCGCGACCCGACUGUAUUUAUACAUGUGCAGGUAUGGCCGUGGUCUUAGUCGGUGCGAGCCUGUCCAUCCUUGAGGAAAUUAGUUUUUUUUUUCCCCAACCAACUGCCCUGAUUCCAUGAUCCUCGAGGAACCUGUAGACCAGUUACUAGGUUAGCUCAGGGAACACCCGAUUAGUGCGGUGAUACAGUGCGAUUGGAUUACAAACCAUGAAGUUCCUCUUGCUCGCUUGUCUACUGGUUACGAGCUUAUUAUUAUUAUCAUCAUCCGUCACCGCGAAAACCGAAAUCGAGGAGAAUGCCGAGGAGAAGCCGGAGAUUACAAAGUUGGAGGUGGUUGAUCUCGGCGAGGGCGAGGGCGACGUCGAUACCAAAGACGGGGAAGAAGUUCAGAAAAAGAGGGAUUCGGGAUACUCGUACAGGAGACCGGCCCACCACGCUUUAGCCUCGAGAGCUCGUUUCCAAGUUGGACAAUCCGGAGGGCGCAUAGUUAAUAGACAUCCCGCGCAAAUAAAUAGACCCGUUACGAAAUACGGUCCUCCAGGUUAUCACAACUCGUCCCCGACGAGGGUGACCUCGUUGCACGGUCAACAGCAUCGAGACAAAUUGCAAUUCCACGGGCAACAUCAACAUUCGAGCAACUUGGAUGGCCGUCCAGGUGGGCCGUUCGAGCAGGAGGUGCCCAGCCCGAUUAGACAGGUCGAUUUCGUCGAACCGAAUCCAAUAUCCAGUCAAAACGACGAACCGUUCGCCGCCCAUUCGGCCAAUUACUUGCCACCCCACAAUCAAAAGUUGCCCGGCCCUUCCACGCCGCAGAUCUUCGCGCCCGUCCACCAGGGGCAACAACAGUUGGCAAAUUUUCAAAAUGGGGACGUCGGCCAGCCGCAAGGACAGAUAUCAGACGCGGCCCUUUUCCUCUCCCAAAACGCUCAAGCCAUACAACAGCUUUACGGCGCCCCUCCGAACGAGCAGGAUUUCGCGCCGAACGCCGACCAAUUCCUAGGCCACGCGCACAAUCAAGUGCAAAGUCCGAACAGCCAGUUGCAAGCCAGCUUCGAGGCCACGUCUCAAAGCCCGCAAAACUUCCCAGGACCGUUGCCGUCUUACGCGUCUGGAACCCUCACCGCCCAAGAGACCCUAGAACAGAUACAAUCGCUGGAAAAGGAUAGGCUGAUCGCCCAAUUGCAGCGCCAGUUGCUCGCCACCCAGGCCCAGGCCCAGGCGCAAAACGUAGCUGGAAGGUACGCUGAAAAUCAGCCGGGCUUCGUCCAGAAUCAAGACCUUCUGGCUUCGAUCGGGCAGCGAAUCACGAAGAUUCACGGUCUAAACGCGGCGGGCACCGUGAACUUCGCUUCCGGAAAUACAGCUUUCAAUCAAUCACCUUUUUUGCCAGGGACGACAACGAUCGGUCCGGGGUUUCCGCUUAGCUACGGACCGUCCACCACCGUUCGGCCCUCGACCACCACCGCGGCGACAACCACCACCACCGCCGCAACAACCAGCAACACCGUGCAACCCCCUCGGCCGGCCAAACCCGAUGGAACCUCUCAACUCGACUCUUCCCUACCCCAAGUCCCCCAAGUCUACGGAGGACUCGUCCCCUUCCUGCCCGCCGCCGCCGCUUUCGUCCCCUCCUACGGACCCGCGUUCCUUGCACCCGCCUCCCCCCUCACACCCAUCCACACCCCCUCCCCCUCCUCCUCGCCCACGCACUUCGGCCUCCCCAUACCAACGGACCACAAACCCGCCGCCGGGCAUACCCCCGCACCACCCACCUCCUCCACCACUCCUUCAUCGUCCCCUCCCCUUCACCCCGCGCCCCUCCACCCCGUCACACCCCUUCACCCGGUGCUCCCUCCUGCGACACACGCGCAUCCCCCACCGACCACGCAUCCCGGCUACGGAUUGCAAACGGCGGUAAUCAAUCCUCCUCUCCUGUACAAGCCCAUCAAACCGGUCUAUCCGUUCUACUAUUACCAGAACGUCGCGUAUCAGGUACCGAAGCCGGCGUUGCCCACUUAUCCGUGGAGCUACGCGCCGACCUACGCGACCCAGGCGAAACCGACCCAAAUAUGGUAA